UGCUGCCUGCCGCCUCCUGUCGCCGUGUGAUGAGAGCAUCAGCCCUCACUCCCUGCCACGUCUCCCCGGGCAGCUGCGGGGCCGAGCCGAGCCGAGCCGGGCCGCCCAGCCUCCCUUCUUCCCUUCCUUCCCUCCUUCUUCCCUUCCCUUCCCCGCGAGGUGGGGCCGCACGGCGGCAGGAGGGGCGAGCCCGCGGGGUGCCCCCCGCUGCCGCCUCCUCCUCGUCCUCCUCCUCCUCCUCCUUCUCCUCUUCCUCUUCUUCUUCUUCAUCCCCCCUCGGCGGCCCGGGGCGCCGCGGGUGAGGGGGCAGCGCCGCCGGGCCGCCGCUGCCGGCCGAUGUCCGAGCCGUGCUUGGAUGUACCUGGGAAGGCGUCAGGAUUGUCUGGGUCACGGGGCACAGCCUGCUGGAGGCACUGGAAGCGGACUGGUUCCUGGUCAUGCCCGGUGGAAGGAGGGGACCCAGCCGGCAGCAGCUAAGCCGUUCAGCUUUGCCUUCUCUCCAGACUCUGGUCGGUGGGAGCUGUGGAAACGGUACUGGUUUGAGAAACAGGAAUGGUAGUGCCAUCAGCCUCUCCGCACCUCCGAUCACAGCGCUGAUUACUCCAGAGCCUGUACGUCACUGCCGGAUCCCUGAGCUGCCUUUAGACGGGAGCCUGCUCUUUGAAUUCCUGUUCUUCAUCUACCUGCUGGUAGCCCUCUUCAUUCAGUACAUCAACAUCUACAAGACUGUCUGGUGGUACCCGUACAAUCACCCUGCGUCCUGCACCUCCCUGAAUUUCCACCUCAUUGACUACCACCUGGCGGCGUUCAUCACAGUGAUGCUGGCGCGGAGGCUGGUGUGGGCCCUCAUCUCGGAGGCCUCUCAGGUGGGUGCGACGUCAGUGAUUCACUACAUGGUGCGCCUGGUGCUGCUCACCCUCUGUGGAUGGGUGCUCUGCUGGACUCUGGUCAACCUCUUCCGCAGCCACUCUGUGCUCAAUCUUCUCUUCCUGGGCUACCCGUUUGGUGUCUACGUUCCUCUGUGCUGCUUCCACCAGGACAGCAGAGCACAGCCCCUACCUGCGGACUGUGGUUACUUGGUACAGGAUCAGAUGGUGGACGAUGGGGCUUCAGCUGUCAGCAGCCUGGUCAAACCCAAAGAUUUCCUCUCGCUUCUGUGGGAAUCCUUGAGAGAACAGUUCAAUAAUCCUACGUCUAUCCCUACCCACAGCUGCCCCCUUUCCCCAGAUCUCAUCCGCAAUGAGGUGGAGUGCCUAAAAGCAGACUUCAACCGCAGGAUCAAGGAAGUUCUCUUCAACUCUCUCUUCAGUGCCUACUACGUGGCCUUCCUGCCACUGUGUUUUGUCAAGAGCACCCAGUACUACGACAUGCGGUGGUCUUGUGAGCACCUCAUCAUGGUGUGGAUCAACGCCUUCGUCAUGCUCACCACUCAGCUGCUGCCUCCCAAGUAUUGCGACCUGCUCCACAGAUCGGCUGCCCACCUCGGCAAGUGGCAGAAACUAGAACACGGCUCCUACAGCAACGCUCCACAGCACAUCUGGUCAGAGAACACAAUAUGGCCACAAGGAGUACUGGUGCGACGUAGCCGAUGCCUGUAUAAAGCAGUUGGGCCUUACAAUGUAGCAGUGCCUUCAGACGUGUCCCAUGCCCGCUUUUAUUUCCUUUUUCACCGUCCAUUACGGCUGCUCAACCUGCUGAUCCUCAUCGAAGGCAGUGUGGUCUGCUACCAGCUCUACUCACUGCUGCGCUCCGAGAAGUGGAACCAUACCCUCUCCAUGGCCCUCAUCCUUUUCUGCAAUUAUUAUGUCUUAUUUAAGCUCCUCCGGGACCGGAUAGUAUUAGGCAGGGCAUAUUCCUAUCCACUUAACAACUAUGGACUGAAGGCACACUAGGCCUGCCCAACGUGUACCCUUUCCCCUUCCCGUGCCCCUGGGCGGGGAGGGAACCUCAGAAAAAAAUAUUUUCGUACAGUUCUAUUUUUUUCUUGCGGCGUUUAUAAAUAUUUAAAAUAUUUUAUAUUUUGUAUACUGUUGUUUUUGUGGGGUGGGAAGGGAACUGGUGGCAAUUAAAUGUCGCUUUAUAAACAAGGUGUUAUUUUAUAUAUAUAUAUAUAAAAAAAAAAUCAGUGUGUAUAUACCGUAUAUCUAUACCCAUACAUAUAUCUAUGUGAAGCAACAGGA